CAAGAUCAUGAUCCUGAAUAAAUGCUUCAAUAUUUAACUCUAUCAAUGUUUGUGCUGGUCUUUUCUUUUGGUAGAUUAAUUGUCAUGCUUCUAAUAAGCCCAAACAAGAAAUACUUCUUAAUUAGUUGCUUUAUUGAAUCCAAGUGGUCUUAGUUUCAAACCAAAGCCUGUAGAUUCUCCUCUCUUCAUUCCAUAUACUCCUUGAUCCCCCUGUUUAGAACCCUUCAUAGUUGCUUUUAUUUCAGAAUUAAUCAGCAUAUAUCGAGUCUCUAAAGAUGGUGAUCACAAGCAAAGAUGAGUUGGAUAGAGGAACUGUUUCUAGUUAUGAUAGGGAAAGUGAACUCAAAGCAUUUGAUGAGUCAAAGGCUGGUGUUCAAGGACUGGUAGAAAGAGGUGUGACAAAAGUUCCACGGAUAUUCUACUGUGGAAAUUCUAAUUAUCUCAGUGAUGGCUUAACCAGUGAAUCAAACUCAAAGCUCAGUGUCCCUCUAAUUGACCUCACAACCAUCCAUCAUGGUGAUCCCAUUUUGAGAGAUGAUGUUGUGAGAGAAGUUCAAUAUGCAUGUGAGAAGUGGGGCUUCUUUCAGGUUAUAAAUCAUGGAAUUCCAACUCAUGUUUUAGAUGAGAUGAUCAAAGGAACUUUCAGGUUUCACCAACAAGAUGCAAAUGUGAGGAAAGAGUUCUACACCAGAGAUCCCAGCAGGAAAGUAGUUUAUGUUUCCAAUUAUAGUUUAUACCAUGACUCUUUUGCUACUUGGAGGGACUCUCUUGGUUGUUUGAUGGCACCUCAUCCACCAAAAGCAGAAGAACUUCCAGAUGUUUGCAGAGAUAUUGUGAUAGAAUACUCAAAGGAAGUAAUGGUGUUUGCUUCUACCUUGUUUGAGUUACUAGCAGAGGCUCUAGGCCUAAAUCGGUUUCACCUCAAGGAAAUGGGUUGUGCUGAAGGGUUUCUUCUUCUAUGUCACUUCUACCCACCAUGCCCUGAGCCUGAAUUAACCAUGGGUAAUAGCAAGCACACAGACAAUGACUUUGUAACAAUACUUUUGCAAGACCAGGUAGGGGGUCUUCAAGUUCUUCAUGACAACAAAUGGAUUGAUGUAACUCCCAUCCAUGGUGCUCUUGUAGUAAACAUUGGGGACCUUUUGCAGCUUGUAAGUAAUGACAAGUUCAUUAGUGUUCAGCACAGAGUUAUAGCAAAGGAGAUAGGUCCAAGAAUUUCAGUUGCAUCGUUGUUUAGAACUGAUGAUGAUGACUCAAUAGUCUAUGGUCCAAUCAAGGAACUGUUAUCAGAAGAAAGCCCACCAGUAUACAGAGACGUGUCUUUAAAAGAGUACUUAACACAUUAUUAUGCAAAGGGCAUUGGAACUUCUGCUUUAUCACACUUGAGGUUGUGAUUAUGAAGAAGAAUUAAGUUUAAUCUUGAUGUUUUUUAAAAUGGAAAACCAAGCUAUGCUGUAUCCUUUCACUGGCAAAUUUAUCUGUUUGGACCGCAGAAUAUUAUCUGUUUUGCUUGAAGACAUACUAGCAUGUACACUUCUUUUUCCAAAACAUACAUAAAUUGUUUCUUUGUUUUUAA